CAAGUUGGUGACUUAUGCACAUGGGUGCUAAAAAUGUUGUAAUACACAGUGAAUAUGGGGAAGGCAAGAAAAUUAAAAGUAAACAGACGUGGACCGAAAGUGCCAUUGGAUAAGCAGAUUGAAGAUGAUCAGUUCGCCAAAGCUUCUAGUCGCGUUAAACUUAGGGCGCGGAAAGACGAGGACGAAGAGUUUGUGGAUGCUCAUUUGUCUAAGCGGAUCCUGCAUGAAGCUCGCCGACAACAACAGGAGAUUGAGGAUAAUACUGGAGUCUCACCCUGCACAUCAAAAAUAAAAGUUACUAAGCUUGGAGAUGCAUCUGAUGAUUCUGGUGAUGAUGCAGAACUUCAAGAUGACAUGGAUGGAGGCUGCUAUGAAAACAUUGAAGUGCAUGAGGAUGAUGAGAGGGCAUUGGAGAUGUUUAUGAAUCAUAACCCAGCUCCACGGCGAACCCUUGCUGAUAUUAUCCUUGAAAAGAUCACUGAAAAACAGACAGAACUGCAGACUCAAUUCUCAGAUGCUGGAAGUCUGCAGAUUCAAGAUUUAGAUCCAAGGGUUAAACAGAUGUAUGAGGGAGUUCGGGAUGUUCUGUCCAAAUACCGAAGCGGCAAGCUUCCAAAAGCCUUCAAAAUUAUUCCAAACCUUCGUAACUGGGAACAAAUUCUCUAUGUAACAGAUCCAACUUGCUGGAGUGCAGCUGCCAUGUAUCAGGCAACUCGGAUAUUCACAUCAAAUCUUAAGGAGAGAAUGGCUCAACGAUUCUUCAACUUAGUUCUUCUUCCACGAGUAAGAGACGAUAUUGCAGAGUACAAACGACUCAACUUCCACUUGUAUCAAGCAUUAAGGAAAGCUCUCUUCAAACCUGGAGCAUUUAUGAAAGGUUUUCUGCUACCAUUAUGUGAGAGUGGAACCUGCACGUUACGGGAAGCUAUCAUUAUUGGUUCUGUUAUCGCUCGGAAUUCUAUUCCAUUACUUCAUUCAUCAGCAGCCAUAUUGAAAAUUGCUGAGAUGGACUACACAGGUGCUAACUCUAUAUUCUUACGCAUCUUCUUUGACAAGAAAUAUGCUCUGCCAUAUAGAGUUGUGGAUGCUGCUGUAUUUCAUUUCCUGAGGUUUCAGCGUGAUAGUCGUGAAUUGCCUGUUCUCUGGCAUCAGAGUUUACUGGCAUUUGUGCAGCAUUACAAAGGUGAUGUUAGCUCAGAACAACGAGAAGCCUUGUUAGAGCUUAUGAAACAUCAGUCACAUCCUGCUAUUACUUCAGAAAUUAGAAGAGAACUACAGCAUGCUAAAUGCAGAGAUGUGGAACCUAUGGCUCACUGAGGAAUACGAGCUAGUUGAAUGGUAGCUGGGAGUGGACCUCUCACGUCUACAUUAGCAUGCCCAAUCUUCUGGACAGUGUACUGGAUCUGCUAUGUAAGAAUAUUCUUUAUUGCUAAUGCACUAAAUACCUUAUAUUUGAAGUCUUUGGAGUGUCACAAAUGACACACUUGAAAUAAAAUAUUAGAUUCUGAAUC